AAAUAACUAAACAGCUGUUCUACAAUAUUCGGUCGGGCAACUCAGACAAGCAGCAGCUGUACCUGUACGUGCGAGCAACGCCAGCCGUUUUCCUUGGAGUCGCGAUUGUUUGGCCAGUUGCUUUCUCAUUGUUGUGUCUUGCGCCGUGCCGUGUAGUGUGGAGAUUUGGUCUAUUCAUAUUAAUUCAAAGUUUAUUACUGCUACAGUAUUGACGUUUGAAGUGUGUGAAUUGCAAAAUAAUCCGAAGCUACGUUGGCGCUAUGUUUACCAAAAUUCAUCGUUGUUAUUGUGACUCGAGUUGAAAUGUCUUGUGAAUACGUGGACCGCGAGGAGAGUUCCGUUGUGCAUCUCAAUAGAAUCUUUUAAAAAGUGAAAUAGUUGUAUUGUAGGUUAGUAAAAUAGUAGUUGACAAUGUCUAGCACAGUUCCGACCAGCUCGGCGCUGAGGGCUCUGGCUUUGGAAUACAAAAGCCUGCAAGAGGAGCCCGUCGAGGGCUUUCGGGUGAAGCUGCUAGGAGACGACAAUUUGUUUGAGUGGGAAGUUGCAAUCUUUGGACCUCCAGACACAUUAUACCAAGGUGGAUACUUCAAGGCACAUAUGAAAUUCCCUUCGGAUUACCCAUAUUCACCACCUUCCAUUAGAUUUUUAACAAAAGUGUGGCAUCCAAAUGUUUAUGAGAACGGCGAUCUCUGCAUAUCAAUCCUGCACCCGCCAGUGGACGACCCGCAGUCUGGCGAGCUUCCCUGCGAGCGCUGGAACCCGACGCAGAGUGUACGCACUGUGCUUCUCUCCGUGAUCUCACUGCUGAAUGAACCCAACACCUUCAGUCCGGCGAAUGUGGACGCCAGCGUCAUGUACCGCCGCUGGCGCGACUCGAAAGGAAAGGACAAGGAGUACGAGAACAUUAUCAGGAAACAAGCACAGGUGGCCCGUAUCGAGGCAGAGAAAGAAGGCAUUGUAGUACCACUCACAUUAGAAGACUAUUGCAUUAAGACACAAGUCAAAUCGUCGACGCAGGAGCCGCAGCUGGACAUGACGGACUUCUACGACGACGAUUACGACGAUCUCGACACGGACUCCGACGAGGAGCUCGAGGGCGGCGACGGCGACGCCGACGACAGCGGCAACGGCGAGUCGUGAGGCCGCGCCGCCCGCGCGCGCGCGGCCCCCGCCGCCUCCGCCAGGCGGCUGUAGCGCUGCCACAGCCAGUGCCGUAACUAGCCUACCAUUAUGCCCGGUGCGCUCUAGUCCUCAGGUCUUUUCGGGUGCCCCCACGAUCUUUGUGCCUGGGCCCCGCUCGCACCGCCCUAGUUACGGCACUGUCGGGGAGUCGUGAGGCCGCGCCCCCCGCCUGG